CAGAUCUAGCGGCUUGGCUUUAUUUCCGCUCCUCCCCGCGUGGCGGCUCAUUUGAUGAAAUUCUUUAACGUGAAUUGUUUAGUUAAAAACGUCUGAGAGCAACGGAGACAGAAGCGGCGCGUGUAACAAUCUCACAACUUGGGAGGUGGUUUCCAGCCCCCAGAUUAUUUAAAGAAAACAGGGUUUGUUGUAAAUUCCAGUCGAUUCUCAGACAGAGAUGGAGACGAGGGCUACCUCGUGCCCGGGCUUUCCUGUACUUCUGUGGACCUGGCUUUUGAUCUUCACUCAAAUUCCGGCGACUGCCAAGGCAGAGAUAACCUGUGCACCUUGCCCAUCGCCAGUUAAAAUAAAGCGAGAGGAGUUACCGCUGGUAAAGCGCGUUAAUUUGGCGGAGACGAGGACAACAUUUUCAAAACAUAUCCCCAAAGAAUCUCGCCUAUCCGCAGAUCUAAAAACGGGAGUAACCGGUGGUACCCUGGUAGCAAACCGUUUUCCCAGGGAUGUGAAGAAACUCGUUAAAGAUGGAAGAGUGGAUGGACUUCUUAGUGAAAUGUCCCCAUACUGGUCACCGCAGGAUGGUGAAAGCAAAAAACUAUCAAUCUCUCAUCAAAAUAACAGGGAGGCGGAAGUAUUUGCCAUUUUAAGUGAUCAAGUAACUCAAAACUCUGCUAACCGCGCAUUCGUCGACACUAAGAAAAAUGCGCACGUUGUGAGGGCAAAACGAAGUGGACCAGAACUGUCCGAAUCAACAAAUGGUGUGAAAAGCCCCUUUCCUGGCGGGGCGCUUUUGGGUGAGGGAAAGAGCGCUGGUAUCUCACUGGACGGGCACAGGCUGAGUUCCGAAUUUAAUUGGAACAGAGACGAUGACAAAGUGACAAACCCUCGGAAAGAUGAACCCAAACUAAUCAGCACCACUUUCCCGCUGUCUGGGGAUUCCGCUCACAACCAAGCAAUGGUGCAUUGGUCUGGACACAACAGCAGCGUGAUCCUCAUACUGACGAAGCUUUACGACUUUAACCUGGGUAGUGUCACUGAAAGCUCUUUGUGGAGGUCCACAGACUAUGGCACCACCUACGAGAAACUCAACGAGAAACUAGGAAGGACAGUGAUGAGUUACCUGUAUGUCUGUCCAACAAACAAGAAAAAGAUUAUGGUGCUCAGUGACCCCGAGGUCGACAGCAGCGUCCUGAUCAGCUCAGAUGAGGGAGCCAGCUAUCAGAAAUUCCGCAUGAACUUCUACGUCCUGAGUCUGCUCUUUCAUCCAGCGCAAGAAGACUGGAUUCUGGCUUAUAGCACCGAUCACAAGUUGUACAGCUCAGUGGAUUUUGGAAGAAAAUGGCAACUUGUUCAUGAACACGUAACUCCAAACAGAUUUUACUGGUCAGUGAUGGGCCUGGACAAGGAGCCGGAUUUAGUGCACAUAGAGGCCCACUCUGCUGACGGACGGGCACACUACGUGACCUGCAGAAUCGUAGGCUGUUUGGAGUCCGGUAGAAGUUACCCUUUCCCCGGGCACAUCGACACCAGCUCGCUGGUGGUCCAGGACGACUACGUUUUCAUUCAGGUUACCACAGCCGGACGCGCCAGUUACUUUGUAUCCUAUCUGAGGGAACCCUUUGUGCGAAUUAAACUGCCCAAAUACUCCCUUCCCAAAGACAUGCACAUCAUCAGCACGGACGAGAACCAGGUCUUCGCCGCCGUCCAGGAGUGGAACCAGAACGACACGUACAACCUGUACAUCUCGGAUUCGCGCGGCGUCCAUUUCACCCUGGCCCUGGAGAACGUGAAAACCAGCAAAGGGGUGGAGGGAAACAUAAUGGUGGACCUGUACGAGGUAGAAGGAAUCAAAGGAAUUCUCAUCGCCAACAGGAAGCUCGACAACCAAGUGAGAUCAUACAUCACUUAUAAUAAAGGUCAAGAAUGGCGUUUAAUACAAGCUCCUUCAACAGACCUAUCGGGCAAUGACAUUCACUGCAUUUUGCCAUUUUGUUCCCUACAUCUGCAUUUGCAGAUGUCAGACAAUCCCUACAUUUCUGGAAGUAUCUCCACUAAGAGUUCUGCACCUGGAAUAAUCGUGGCAACAGGUAACAUUGGAGCCGAGCUCUCAUACAGUAAUGUUGCAAUGUACAUAUCGUCUGAUGCGGGAAACAGCUGGAAACAGAUUUUUGAGGAAGAGCACAAUAUUUGGUUCCUGGACAAAGGAGGUGCUCUUGUUGCUGUUAUACAGGCAACCGUGCCUGUUCGCCAUUUAUGGAUCAGCUUUGACGAAGGGAAGCACUGGGACAUGCGGAGCUUCUCUCUGGUCCCGCUGUUUGUGGACGGAGUCCUCGUCGAGCCCGGGAUGGAAAACCACAUCAUCACGUUGUUUGGACACUUCAGCCACCGGUCUGAGUGGCAGCUCAUCAAAAUCGAGUACAAGUCCAUCUUUACCAGGAGAUGCACUGAAGGGGACUACCAGACCUGGCAUUUACAUAACCAGGGGCACCCUUGCGUGAUGGGAGAGAAACAGGUCUACCUGAAGCGCAGACCGGGGAACCGCUGCAUGCUGGGAAAGGACUAUUCUAGAAUCCUGUCUGCCGAACCUUGCAUAUGCAAAGCGUAUGAUUUCGAAUGUGAUUAUGGGUACGAGCGUCACAGGAACGGGGACUGCUUACCGGCGUUUUGGUUCAACCCAGAGACCAUGUCCAAGAGCUGCAGGCAGGGCCAGAGCUACUUCAACAGCACCGGGUAUCGGAAAGUGGUGUCCAAUAACUGCACUAAAGGGGUGCAGGACCUGUUCGCAGCCCGGCGACAGAGCUGUCCCAACCGCCCCCCCAGGGGGCUCCAGCUGGUGACGAGUGACGGGCGGCUGUCAGCGGCGCUCGGCAACAACGUCACCUUCUUCGUGCAGCUCGAGGACGGGGACUCAAUGAGAACCAAUAUCCAGCUGGAUUUUGGGGACGGAAUCACCGUUUCAUAUUCAAACCUCAGCUGGACGGUGGACGGAAUCAAACACAUAUACAGAUCUGCUGGGAUAUUUCAAGUGACUGCGCUCGCAUUGAACAGCCUUGGUUCGGACAGUAGCACCCUCUACUUGCACAUCACAAGUCCCGUGGCGCGCAUCCAUCUCUCCGCCCCGUUCGUGGCCGUAAGGAACACGGAAGUGAACCUCACCGCGGUGGUCUGGCCCAGCCAGCCCAGAACCGCCGCUUUCUUCUGGUGGUUCGGGAACAGCACGGAGCCAAUAAUAACCCUGGAGGGAAGCAUCCCAUACACUUUUGCUAAUGAGGGAGUGAACACUGUCACGGUCCAAGUGUCUUCAGGGAACACCAUACUUCAAGACACAAAGCAGAUCACUGUCCAAGAAUUCUUCAAAUCUCUUCUUUUAUCUUUCUCUCCUAAUCUGGAUGACUACAACCCAGACAUCCCUGAGUGGAGACAGGAUGUUGGCGUGGUGAUCAAGAAGGCCUUGUUAAAAGUUUGUGACUUCCCCAAAGAGCAGCUUCUGGUGGCUGUGUUUCCCGGGAUACCAACUGCCGCUGAGCUUUUCCUGCUACCACGCAAGAACCAAUCAGAAGGAAGGAAAAAGGGGGAAGAGGAUCUGGUGCAUAUUUCAGAGAUCCUUGUCACUGCCCUGAGCCAGAACCUGGUUGAGUUUGAGCUGAAACCUGGCGCUCGAGUCAUUGUUUAUAUCACACAGCUAACCUUGGCCCCCCUGGUGGACUCCGCCUCCAGACAGAGCAGCUCGGCGAUGCUCAUGCUUUUAUCCGUGGUGGCCUUGGGUUUAGCUGUCUUCUUAAUUUACAAGUUCAAAAGAAAAAUACCGUGGAUCAACAUUUACGCCGAGGUGAACCACGAGAAGGAGCAGGAGAUGAUCGGCUCGGUGAGCAAGCGCGAGAGCAUGCCCAAGAUGGCGCUCGGAGAGUUCCCCGCCUCCAAGGAGCACAUGGAGAAAGAGCGGGAGUCCCGAAUGAGAGCAGGGGGUCUGGGCGUAGCCAGUGGCUGUGAAAACAGAAGAGUAAUCCCGAACUGCACUAGUGUCUAAAACCAAACAGCAGCCUGCUGUCACUCUGCCUUUUUCUUUUUCCUUUUUUUAUUUGGUACAAACGGAAAAGAGAAGUCACGUUAAGUAUUUCCUAAGAACUCCUUUAUACAGAUUGCAUGGGUGUUUUACAAGAUCUGUGGGUUCUGCCCUGUUCCGCUUAACAAGGCUUUUUAAAGUGUAUAUAAAUCUUUGAAAACAGAGCAUAAACCACCAGAAGUGGAUUGUGAAUUUGUCUGUAUCGAUUUAUUUUUUACAUUUAUUUUUUAAGUAUAAGAUGGACGUUUGUGGAGAUGGAUACCAAAGGAUAAAUCAGUGCAGUGCUAUUUAUUUAUUUAUUUAUUUAUUUAUUUAUUUAUUUAUUUAUUUAUUUAUUCAUUCAUUCAUUCAUUCAUUCAUAUAAUCUGAUGUGCUUUGUUGUAGGUUUUUUUGUUCGAGACAUAAAGUUGUCAUGCCUUCGUACAUGUAUUCAUCACUUAUUCCUUGCUCCCCCCCCAAAAAAAAUAAACAAAUUUUUUUUUUUUGCACUUGGACUAAAAAUGCAUAGUUGUGACCAAAUAGCUUAUAUUACUUUCAUGUGUCUGCUAACUGGACGAGGAGACCAUGUGACAAUGAAUAAAUUAGCUUCAUUGGAUAAUUCCAGAUGGCAGUGCCAUGACGACCAAUAUUAACCAAUAACUCACACAAGUAUGUUAUUUCUUCAUUUUUAACAUAACUACGUUCUGAUCAAGUUAUGUAUGUUGACAGAUAUAUGGCUUCUGGUGAUGAAAAUGAUGAUGAUGAUGAAAAUGGUUUGACUAUGUUUGAAUACAUUUUAUGAACGUAUUUGUAACAACAAAUUUGGAUUAGUUUAUUUGAAAAAACUGUGCAGUUUAGUUGAACAUAUUUCUUCCCCUUAAUGCCAGUCCUCAGAGUAGUCAAUGCAGGAAGGCAUGAUGAACUAUUACUGGACCAUGUUUUCAGACCCUGACCACUCAAUGACUGUGCUUUGAUUUGAGUUUAUUUUAUACUUUAAUUCUGCGUUCAGAUUCUGUAUAUAAAACCAUAGCUCUACUGACAGCCAUAACAAACUGUGAGAAAAUGUUUAAAUAUUCAUGUCACACCUGCCCAAUAUUUAGUCAGUUAUGUUGGUACCCUAUCAUUUGUUCACUUAUAGCUUUAGAGUUUGCUUAGCUGUGCCUUUGUCUUCAUUGUCCCGUUUGUUUUACUGUUCAAAUGUAAUAUUCUUCACCCCAAACCAGAACACCAAGUUAGGGUCUAUGGAAGUGCACAUUGCACUGUAAUAUGUAUUAUUUGAGACGCCAUUAAUGUAUAAAUAUGCCCUUCGUAAGAUGGCCCACAUUAGUCCUGCCAACAGGCCGUAAAUACAAAGUGUAUAAUAAAAAUGUGCACGGCGUUCGGUGGAAGGAACGGAUUUGAGUUAUAAUCAGCACCAAUGUUAAUGGAUGUAGUACUAGACUUUCUUCUCUGUCUUUACAAGAUUUUCUAUGUGUUUCUCUGUAAAUAAGCAAUCUUUUAACUUCCUACAUUUAUGUAAGAAUGAAGGAGAAAGUGGAGCCGAGUAUAUUUGAGAUACCGUUUUCUGGAUCCGGUCUUAUGAACCGCAACUGUUUGCAUUCUGGGGCUGAACGUGGGGCUUCGUAAUGCUGACGCUAUACUGUAUAUAUGAAUGUUGUAAAGUCAUCAUUUGGUCAAGUUUUGUAUUUGCUCAGAAAGCAAAAUUAUUUGAAUUCUGUAGAUUGAUAUGAAAUCAUUGACCGAUAAAGAAUUCAGUUGUUUGCCCCCUAAAAAAUGUGCGCAUUUUAUUUAUCGGUCUCACAACAUUUACAUGAGUAAAUAAGACUCUCAAAUUUUCUUUAGAGCUGACACAGUCAUGUGUGCAUUGGAGAUUAUCGCUCCAUCCAAAACAAUUCAAAUGUAUUUGCACAUUAUUUAAACUUUCAAAAAAUAAUAUGCGCUAUAUCAGCAGUUUGAUAGCUUUACUUGGCCAACAAAUUAAUGGCGCAGAAUAUUCCUAUAUUGAAAAUGAAUCUUGCAAUCAAAAUAAAUUUCUACUAUAUAUUUCUACAGUAAUGGCAAACAACUAUGUACUUUUACAGCACAAAAUGUUCCAGUCAUUUAAAAAUCCAAAUGCAUGCCCUCUCAUUUCAUUCAUCUGAAUAUUACUUCUGUAAAGAGACUCAUUUUAAACUGUUUCAAAUAAAUGUAUUUUUCUACAUGCUCAAA